GCCAGGGACACGCCCCGCGAGCCCGAGGAUGUCACGUGAUGCGCCCUCGCAACUGUGUCAGCUGAUCUCUGCUGAGCUGUGGCAGUGGCGAUGAUGGAGUUUCUCCUGGGCAACCCGUUCAGUUCUCCUGUGGGGCAGCGUAUCGAGAAAGCUACCGAUGGCGCCCGGCAGAAUGAAGACUGGGCCCUCAACAUGGAAAUCUGCGACAUCAUUAAUGAGACAGAGGAAGGGCCUAAAGAUGCCCUUCGAGCUAUAAAGAAAAGGAUUGUAGGGAAUAAGAACUUCCAUGAGGUCAUGCUGGCUUUGACAGUCCUUGAAACGUGUGUCAAGAACUGCGGUCACCGCUUCCAUGUGCUAGUUGCUAGCCAGGACUUCGUGGAAGGUGUGCUAGUGCGAACCAUCCUUCCAAAAAACAACCCCCCUGCCAUUGUGCAUGACAAGGUGUUGACCCUCAUACAGUCCUGGGCUGAUGCCUUCCGUAGUACACCAGACCUGACAGGCGUUGUUGCUGUUUAUGAGGACCUGAGGAGGAAAGGCCUGGAGUUUCCCAUGACUGAUCUAGAUAUGCUGUCACCCAUUCAUACGCCACAGAGGACGGUAUAUAACCCGGAGACCCCAUCAGCAGUGAAUUCAUCAGCAGCAAACUCCCCUCAAGUAAUAGAAUCUAUCUUACACCCUGUGUCUCUACCAGGAGCUCCAGGCACCUCUGCCGAUGCCCCCAUCACACCUACCCCGGAGCAGGUUGCAAAACUGCGGAGUGAGCUGGAGGUGGUGAAUGGAAACGUGAAAGUGAUGUCUGAGAUGCUAACUGAGCUAGUGCCAGGGCAAUCUGAACCCUCUGACCUUGAACUGCUUCAGGAACUGAACCGGACGUGUAAAGCAAUGCAACAGCGUGUGCUGGAGCUGAUCCCCCGCAUCCUCAAUGAACAGCUAACAGAGGAGCUGCUCAUUGUCAAUGACAACCUCAACAACAUUUUCCUGCGCCAUGAACGGUUUGAACGGCUCCGAUCUGGCCAGCCUACUAAGCAACAAAACAGUGCAGCCAAUGCAAGCAAUUUGAUUGAUGUGGAACCUAAUGCUACACUAGUGGAAAAAGAGCCUGAAGCCCCCAACACGCUGUCAUCUCAACUCGCGGGAAUGAAUCUGGGUUCUGGCAGUGUCAGUGCAGGACUGAUGUCCCUCAACAAUUCUGGCAAACUGGAAGAAGAGUUUGACAUGUUUGCAUUGACCCGUGGCAGCUCCCUGGCUGAGCAACGCAAAGAGGUGAAAUAUGAAGAUCCUCUAGCCAAGAAAGGACUAGCUGGAGCUCUGGAUGCCAGGCAACAAAAUACAGGAGCGAUUCCUGUACCCCAGGCUGCCAUCAUGGAAGAUAUUGAGAAGUGGCUCUCCAGUGAUGUCGGAAAUGAGACAGUGGAUCCAAAAGGUGUCACCAGUGAAGAGUUUGACAAAUUCCUGGAGGAACGAGCCAAGGUGGCUGAUCAGCUGCCCAACCUUCCGAGUCCCCCAGCCGGAAUUCCUUCUGCCUCCACCAACUCUGGCCCACACCGGAAGAAGGAAAAAGAAGAGGACGGGAUGUUUGCUUUAUGAGCCCCUUUGUGGACUGGUGUGCUGUGGUUGCUAAAGGACCCGUGUGCUGCACUGCACUCCCCUCUCUGGGGGUGGGGGGAGCAAGAGGGGAGUGAGUCGGGGAAGAGACCUCCCUCUUUCUUCUCUGCCUGCCUCCUUUUUUAGGCUGCUUUGGGGUUUGAUUAAUCAUUGCCACAUCUGUGAACACAAAAGAGAAGUGAGCGCUGAGAAGAGGUUGCAAAGCUGCCAAAUGUGUUCCUGGAUGAGUGAAAGGUUUGGGGUUUCUCUUGGGUGGUGCAGGCGAGUUGAAAUGUGUUCUCUGCCGUUCCACUGAUUUUGGGUUGCGGGGCGAUUCCAGGGAAGUGACUGUAAAAGCUGUGCUGAAAGCUGGCGGUGGGAUUUGUGGUUCCUCACCAGCCCCACAGGCAGCUGUACUAAGUAGUAAAGCCGGCAGCUCAUUGCACCUACAGCUUUACAUACUUGCUCUUCCCUGGCAGAACAGGAAUGAUGGGCAUAGUUUUGCAGUGACAAAAGUGUGCUGUUGCCAGUAGAGCAAUAACACUAGAGGGCUUCUCUUGCACCUUUUCCUAUUGUGUAAGUACUAGGUCCUGCCUGCAGGAAAAGCAAGUUCACUGUAGUCAGUCCAGGUAUCAAUAUUCAUGGAACCUAGAUGGAAGGGGUUAGAGUGUUUGUUACCAGUGGUACCAAAACCUUCCAAGAGCAGCUUUGUCCUCUCUUCCAAGAUGGCACAUCCAGAGGGUAGACUUCCUUCUUCUGAAAGUAAUUCAUAGGCCCCAUUGAUCAUGUUCUCUCCCCACUGUUGCCUUCCUUACAGCUCCCCCCUCCCACAACCUUUCCUUCUUUGCCGCAGAACUGAGCUUUGUGCAUUAGCACAGAAUGCUCUUAGAAAUGGCAUUCCCUUGUGUUAAGGUUAAUGGGCAAGGAGCUUGUUGGGAUGAAAAGAUGACUUCUGUGUAACAGGGAGACGCGCCUUUUAUAUUCCAUAUUAAAAAAAAGUCUUCCCUUGAGAA